AUGGAGACCGGUCUGAGGAAGCUGUGGACUCGCCGGAAGAGCAAGGGCCGUGAUGGCAUGCCAGAUUCUGGAGUGAGCAGUCUGAGGAUGAGUCAAAGCACCGAUCAAACCGGUCUGUCUUCCAACUACAGUCCACGAUCGAAACAUGCGCGCACCACUUCCACCGACCAGGGAACCAGCCAGUUCAGCCCAACUUCGACUGCAGACAGCUCUGUGAGGCCUGUCUCGAGCAGCAAGGUGCAGCCAAUGCUUGUCGGCGUCUCACGACCGUCGACAAUGGUCUCGCGGCCGGGGACUUCUGGAAGUGGCAGUCUGAUGAAUGCCGUCAAUCGCGCUGCCGACGCCGUGGUCAAAGCGGAGCAAGAGUCCACUAAAACCUACAUGCGACCGAAGACCCCUCGAUAUGUCGACAUUUUUUCACUCUCCAACUCUAGUCCGGGGAACCCGAAGCCUGGGUACAAUGAGGAUGUCGCGGAGCGUAACUUGGAUCUGGCCAGAGUGGCACUCGAAGGGACACAGCAAGCUUAUAUUCCCUCGUCGAAAUUCCAGGAAGAGGUGGCCACUCGGAAUGCCUAUCCGAGUUUGCCCAGCAGCCACGAAUCGUCCCCCUCGGUCGCUCAAGGCGUCUUUGAUGCCAACCAAAUGACCACAAGAGCACGGGAUAUCUCAAGUCGAAGGAGCAACCAUUCCCAAAUACCUCCGAAUUCCGCAGAUCAAGCUGCGUGGACAAGUUCACUGAUGCAGGGCUCAACUAGCUCACAUUUUCGUCACCAAAGUGAGAAAUCGUUGGAGUCCCAAUCACAGAUCCACGAACUGCCAUCUUCGCGGCAUGGGAUUGAGGGAGUCGGCUCAAUGCAGAUGCCUCCAAAUUAUAUACAAAUGACAAACAACACCCCGGAAGUUAUUGGGCCCCAGAGUUCUCCUACUCCACGUCUCAAACACCCAGGCAGACAGACCACCGAUGAUCGCGUUGACGAAACCAUCCCGACUAAGGCACUUCGCAACUAUCAGCUCUCAGCGACGGAAAUGACGCAGAGUCGAUCGGUCGACCAGCCUCCACGCACGGCGCAGCCGAUAGACCAGUCCGAUGGUUCACAGAGAGCCAGCUAUCCCAUGCACUCACCCUCAAACCUUAGCAGCACAUCUUCGGUAAAGCGCUCGAUCAAUCUCCCUCAUCGCACAAUCAUGGACUUGACCGGAAAUGAUUCCGACGUUUUUUCUGAGGGAACUCCAGAAUCGAACAACAGCUCCUCACCGAUCCUAGAACAUGCAAAAUUCGAUACAAUGCGCACGUAUCCGCUUGCUGCUGUACCCGGGCCAACAAUAGAAACAAUCGAGGAAAGAAACGUCCGGCCAGCUCCACCAAAGCCAAGAACAACCCCUCUGCUCCCUGAGGAAGACCCCGUUUCAGAACUGGCGGUGUCAGCAGCCUCGGCAAAAGCUCUUCAAUCAACAAGCACCUUCUCACCGAUCAGCACGAUCGCUUCCUUGACGCCUCGGGAAAGUGUAGUAUUGGAAACGCCUGUUGUAUCUACUAUGGCCGGCGGUGUAGAAGCGGAAGCGCAACUUUCAGAUGCAAGCCAAGAUAAGCAAAACAACGACGCGCAGACACUGGAAAGUCAACAAUCGGUGUUACAAAAUGGCCAGGGCAACAAAGAAUCUUUUCAAAACGAAACCAAAGAGCCGCAGUUUCCAGUCCGGCAAGAGACUGCCUUCGACUCGGAAAAACCGAUCACCAACGGAAAUACCACCAUGACGGAGGGAACGAAACCUGUUGAAAUUGAUCGUACUGUGGCUCAAGCACCGGAAUCAUUGCCCCUGGAAUCGGAGCUGUCCAGUUCCUCUGGAGCGCCGCCGUCCGUCCAAGCUUAUAUACAUAUGGCACCUGAAAAUCUACAUUCCAUUGAUUUCGUCGACCCAAGUCGAGCAUUUGGGGUGAGCACGCGAGAUUUCGCAAGAACACCCACCAAAUCCACACUCACGAGCGUGCCCGAGGACCCAGAGCCAACCGUCAACGGGAAACCCAGACACCCCGGGAUACCUGUGACGGAAAAUCGAUCAGCAAGUUUUGACCCGCACAAUGUCGGAACACCCCCAAGGCGUCAAAGCCUGCCAGAACCAUCCCUCUAUAAAUCGACCUUUGACGAAGCAGAAUUCGCUCAAAAGCAAGCGGAUGCUCGUGCGGCAUUGAUUCGACUCCAACAAAGCUUGAAUGAGAAUUUCCUCAUGCAACCUCCACCCGCACCGGUUGUGCGGUCGUCUAAAACUGGAACCUCGAAACACACGUUCUCCUUUAGUGACGGAAAGCCCGUCGCUCCGUCGUCUAUCUUUGCCCAGGUCAGACACACCUCACCCAUUCCAGCAGAGUUGAAGGCCGAGGCUGACAAACCGAUCGAGGAUGCUAGGCCAAAUACGUCGUACCAUUCACUUACGACCGCACCAAGCUAUGACAAAUCUCAGGCAGUCCGUGAGAUCGAGCUGGCAUCUGCUAAGGCUCGGCCAGGCAAAGAGUUGAACAAGGGCAAACAGAGGGCGGAAGCAGAGCUCAACGGCCCUGGCCCGUCCAUCGUCAACGAAGAGGAUGGUCCUCGACAACCCCUACCACUUCCACCUCCCCUUCACCUCAACGGUCAUCGCCUCCAGCACCAAUCGCCAGUUCCACCCAGCCCGGGCGAAAUCUCUCUUUCCAGCUUCCCCAUACCCGUAUCGUCACCCAAACAAUCGGUGAAGCCAGUGGCAGACUCGACGGAGCCCCAAGCUAGCCCUCCACAGCAUGGUUCUCAUCAUUCGCAUCAGUCCAGUAGCAGUACUCGUGUUCUUCGACGCCAGUCAAGUCAACGAAGUGAGGCUAGCAGCACUUCAGCGUUCAGCAUUCCCUAUCAUGCGAUUCCGGAUCGAACAAGCAGUAUUCGGGAUCGAUCGGUCAUGGAAGAAGCAGAUGAGUGA